CGCCCCGCUCGCAGCUUGCCGCGGAGCCUACCGGGAAGGGUCCGAGGCCGGGUCACCUUUCGGGGGCCGGGAAGGAGGGGCUCGGUCCUGGCAGCCGCGGCGCGAUGUGGUUCGAGAUUCUGCCCGGCCUCGGCGUCAUGGCCGUGUGCUUGGUCAUCCCCGGCAUAGCCACUGCGCACAUCCACAGGUUCUGUAACGGGGGCAAGGAAAAAAGGGUUGCCUAUUAUCGGUAUCAGUGGAGUUUGAUGCAAAGAGACAGGCGCAUCUCUGGAGUUAAUCGUUACUAUGUGUCAAAGGGUUUGGAAAAUAUUGAUUAAAGAAGCCUUUUCCUGACCGAUGAAGAUUAACUCAGUUAUGCUCAUCUGCCCUUUCUAGAAGGUUAUGCAGUCUAUCAAUGUAGUACAUAAUAAAAACAAAAAAGCAAAAUCAAA